ACUCUGGGAGCAUGGGAGCGGACAUCAGGACAGUGGUCCUUGUUUUAGGGAUCUCCAUUUUCAAACCUUGCCAUCGCAAAGUCUGUUUUCAAGCUGACAAGAAGGUUAAGUUUGUCCCAGAUUAGUGGCUUAAAAGGGUCCAGAUUUUAAAAUGAAGAGCUCUAAAUCAUUCCUGUUCCAGGUUUGUUUGAGUCUGGUGGUUUCUUUUGGCUCCUGCACAUGUAAACCUCUGAAUAAUGACAUCCAGAGCGAGUACAACGAGGAGUUUUACUCCCAGCUGUCAGAGGAGGACCUUCUGGAGGAGGAAGACACUGAAGCCAGGAUGGAAAGCCUGCUGGGAACCAUGAAGGAGACCUUUUUAAGGAAACUCAACCUGUCGAAUGUUCCUCAAGAGCCCAGCAAGAUCGACCCUCCUCAGUUCAUGAUGGAGCUCUACAAUAAGUAUGCCUCGGACAGCUCGGUCCCUCAGGCUGAUGUCAUACGAAGCUUCACAGUGCAAGAUAUUACUCUCGCUGUGACGAAUGGCACAAAGUCAAAACACAGGCUGCAGUUCAACAUCAGCAUCCCCAGCCAUGAAAAGAUCACAUCAGCUGAACUCCAACUCUUCUUUACUCCAGAGUCCAAGCCAAAGACCAUCUCACACACAUUCAAGGCCACUGUCAAAGUCUAUGAAGUGGAUUACAACAAUUUCACGUCUACAAAGCAGCUACUGGUGGGAAGAGAGGUGACGGGCCCACAGAGCACAUGGGAAACUUUUGAUGUGACCACAGCUAUUCAGAGCUGGAUCAAGAUGGGUGGUGCUGAAACUGUUUUUGAUGUAGUGGUUGAUGGAAAGGACUGUGGGGUUCCUAAAAGUGAAGAAGGGAAAGAAGUAGGUUGUUUGAAUAUGAGCAUGUCAGUUGGAGAUAACACUUCAGCUGCCUUAAUCGUCUUCUCUGAUGACUUGGGUAGCAGGAGACUGGAGAAGAAGAAGGAAUUAACAGAGAUGAUUCUCCAUGAAGAAGAAACCAUCCUACACUCAGGUGCUGACUGGAACAGAGGAAACCAGAUUUCUAAUGAGAUCCCUGAAUCUCAAUAUCCACGCAGAAAGAAAAGAAAGGCAGAGAGGCAGUACUGCCAGCGGACCUCUCUCAAGGUCAACUUCAAAGACAUCGGCUGGGACAGCUGGAUCGUAGCACCUCCGGAAUAUGACGCCUACGAAUGUCGAGGCCUCUGUUACCACCCACUGACGGAUGAAUCAACACCAUCAAAGCACGCCCUCAUCCAGACGCUGAUCAACAUCAGGGACCCCAAAAAGGCCAACAUGGCUUGCUGUGUCCCCAUCAAACUGGACCCCAUCACAGUGAUGUAUAAGGAGAAUGGACGCCUGACUAUAAGAUACCUGUACGAAGAGAUGAAGGUGGCAGAGUGUGGUUGCAGGUAGUCAGUUGGGAUUGGUUCCCCUUAAGACUAGUAGUGUUGAAUUCAUUCAUGUAAGGCAGAUGUUAAGGCUUUCCUUGGAUUCGGUACAAGGCGUGCAUAUAAAUCGUAUUCAGCCCCUGGAUGUUUUACUCUUGUAAUGAUUUUAUAAAACAAUCAUGGUCAAUAUGAUUUGGCCUGUUUGACAAAAAAAAAUUCAAAAAGAAACUAUUUAAUGUCAGAGUGAAAACAGAUUUCUUCACAGUAUGGCCAAUUAGAUAAAAAUAUGUAAGAAAGAAUAAGUGGCUGCAUGAACCCCCCCUUAAAGCGACAGACCUCAGAGGUCCAGCCAAUUGGUGCUAGUCUCAAAAUUAGUAAGUAGGGAAUCAUCUGAGUGCAGUGAAUACGUAAAGUAAUUGUAGUAUUCAGACAUGUGUGUCUUGAAGCUCCAGUCACUGGUUAAUCAGUAUCCAUGGCUACCAUUACACCACAAAGACAAAAGAACACUACAAGCAACUCAGAGAAAGUGUUACUGAAAAAUUAAAGUCAGGCGAUGGAUACAAAAUAUUUCCAAGGCACUGAAUAUCCCCAGAGUUGAGUUAAAUCCAUCAACAACAAGUGCUGCCCUGGUUCUCCCGUCAAAGCUUUAUGGGAGAGUGGCAAAAAGAAAACCACUGUUGAAGAAAACUCUUAUUAGAUCUCAACAAGGGUUUGCCAAAAAGCAUGUGGGAGACUCCAUGGUCAAGUGGAAAAAAGCUCUUUGGUCUGAUUUGACCAUCAGACAAGACAUACAAGGCAUGAUGGUGGCAGCAUCAUGCUGUGGGGAUGAUUCUUGGCAGUUGGCCUAGGAAGCCUUGUAAAGUUAGAGGGUUAAAUGAAUGUGGCAAAAUGUAAAAUCCUGUAUGUAAAUCUUUGUCAGUCUGCAAGAUAAAUACUGCUUGGGAGAAGAUUUUUUUCCCAGUAAGUGUACAGCAAAGCUGCAUAGAAAUGGUUUAAAGACAACAAGGUAAAUGUUCUGGAGUGGCCAAGUCAAAGCCCAGACCUCAAUCAAAUAGAUAAUUUAUGGCAGGGCUUAUCAAACCUGAUCCCCAUACAACCUGACAGAGCUCAAAAGGUUUUGCAAAGAAGAAUGAAGUACAAUUCUAGUUCCACAAAAGCCAAAUUAUAUGUAUUACAAUGAUGGAUUUGUAAAAUCACUGAAUGGGUAAAAAAUCCAAGGGGGUGAAUACUUUUUAAAGGCAUUGCAUAAUAAAUCAAAAUAGUCCUUCCUUUGCAAAAGCCUACAUUACUUACAUCAUAAGAUUAAAGUUCUUCAGUUAUGCCAGCAGUUCUGUGAGUCUAACAGCAUUGUUUUAAGCUAAAUAGUACAAUCUGGAUGCUCAUGCUACUAAAAUCAUGCUGCAUUUAUACAGACGUUACAUUCAUGUUGAAGAUCUUGUCUCGGCACGUAAACAUUUAAGCAAAUACUGAGUGUACGCAUGUUAGUUUUAAACUCAGUGGUAUUAUCAAUACACCAUGAUAUUGAAAACAUACUUAACAUAGUCUGGAUUAUAAACAACCAAUCACCUGAACACCCAUGUUAGUGUACUAGCUUUGAGUUUGGAUGGAUAUGAUAUGUUGAUGCUAACAAUAGCAAAAACACAGUGAUUGACCGAUGGUCCUAAUUUUUUUUUGUUUGUUUUCCUUUUUUUUAGCAACUUAAGCCUGGCACACACUAAAAUAAUUUAAGCUGUUUCACAGUCUCUACUCUCAAAACUCAGAAUCUUGCUUGGUCAAAAGUUACUUUUAAAUGCUACUUUACAAGCUAAUGUAGCAAACUGUUAGCUACCUGCUGCAUCCAAUGCAGCAGUAUUUUUGGUCCAGCUCUGUCCCUUGUCAGUUUGAUAGAUUUUACAGGAAACACUGUAUAGACACUCACGUUGUUGCGACAAAUCAACAAGUUGUUCCUUCAUUUCUUUUAAUUUUUCCUAAAUUUAAAGAUAUAUUUUGGGCCGUUUUUUCUAUGAGAGAGAAAGGGAGAAACAUGCGGGGAGCCAUGGGGCGCACCGUAACUACUUGACCAUCUACACCCCAGUUGUUCCUUCACUUCUGACAUCCAGCGUACUAUGACGGUUUCUUUUAUUGCUAUCGCUGUGUUUGUUGUGCUUCCCCCUUUGGUCAGCUUGCCACCUGAUUGGCUACGAUGCCAUUCCACAUGUCAAUCCUGCUCACUUGUUUUCAGUGUUCACCUCACACAACAGUAUUUCUAACGAACAUGUUUAAUAUUUACCAUUUCACAUUGGAGCAGAUCUGAUUGUCUUCUGAGCAAACACCACAAUAAAAUCUGCCGGGUUAAUCUUUAGAACCGGCUGAUAAUCAGGCCUUUGCUGAAGGAGGAAUCAAGUCAAAAAUUGGCAUGAUUAUUUUUGUAGUGAGUGCCAGGCUUUAGCUCUACACUAGCAAGGGUGUUAGCAUCUCAGCUCUGAGUUGUAUCCUCGGCGUGCGCACAAUGAUACUGUAAAUAAGCUGAAAAUUUUGCAAGUACAAUGAUAUUCAUAUUUAUGGUCUUUGAAAAGAAUGUUAACAUGUUGCAUAUUUAAUAUGUAUCACAAAACAAAACUGCAGAGGUGUGUGUAAAUGUCUUUAACUUUGAUAAUAAUCAGACAGGAUUCAAAUGUGCCUAAUGACUUCCUUAAUGAGAAUCUGGACAUUUAAGGCUUUAAAACUCCAAAAUAUGGUUAAAUUGCUAACUGUUAAUUUUCCAUAUUUGAAAUUUGAACAUCAGAGUUCAAGGUCUUUUUAUUUGUGCCUGGAAAGGUCAAUCUGCUUUACAGAGGAGUUUCAGCAUUCAGAAGAUCAAAACAACAAUUAACAGCAACACUUAUUGACCCAACCGGUCAAAAUACAUUAAAAACUGAUAACGAAGUGUUUAAAAAAAAUUACUGAUUUAAUACUGCCACUUGCAUUAAAAAAUUAUAUAAAGUUUGUAAAAAGCUAAAAUAAAUGAUGUGAUUUUUUCAUUUGUAUUUCAGCAUGACACUGCAGAGGAAUUAAGGACGCAAACAUUUUUAUUUAAUACAUGUACAGAUUAAUGUUGGUGUUUUGAAAUUGUAUUUUUAAUAAAAUUUACAGUCAUGUAAAAUAACAAGUAUGUAAACAUCCAUCCGUCCAUUUUCUAUAUCGCCUAUACGGUCGGGGGUUGCAGGAAGUAUGUAAACAGUGAAAC